GCUGCGGGCUCGAUUCGCCGGCCUCGGCUGCCCUCCUCGGCGCUCCGCCGGAGCGGCUUUGGGCUGCCUGCGGCGCCGCUGCGGGGUCGAAGCGCAGAGAGCGCAGCGCGGCGGCGGAGGCUGCGGGUCGGGCGGCUGCAGAGGCGGAGAGCGGCCAAGCGGGGACCGGCAGCUCCGGGAGCAGCUCCGGGCGCCGCUGCCGCAUAUGUCUUCGCAGUCCGACCUGGCUUACUCUACCAUGGCCAUGUGGUCCAUCGGCACUGGGGCUGUUGUUGCCGCUGUGACCGGGAUCAUCCUGGCCAACACGGAUUUAUUUCUGUCUAAAGCAGAAAAAGCUUCCCUGGAGUUUCUGGAGGAAAUAGACCUGAAGACUCUUGGAGAAGCAGAGCAAACAACAUUCAAUGCCGGGGAGCUGUGGAGGAAAAAUGGGGCCGUAAUCAUGGCAGUACGGAGGCCUGGAUGAUUUCUGUGCAGAGAGGAGGCCGCUGAGCUGUCCUCUCUGAAGCCUCAGCUCGACCAGCUGGGGGUCCCACUUUAUGCUGUCAUAAAAGAGAAGAUUGGGAGUGAGGUGGAGGAUUUUCAGCCAUAUUUCAUGGGAGAAAUCUUUCUGGAUGAAAAGAAACGAUUCUAUGGACCUCGGAAACGGAAGAUGCUGUUUCUAGGCAUCUUUCGGUGGAACGUCUGGAAGAAUUUCUUCCGUGCUUGGAGGAGUGGUUUCAGUGGUAACUUGGAAGGAGAAGGCGUUAUCUUGGGUGGCGUUUUCGUGAUUGGUCCUGGGAAGCAGGGUGUUCUCUUGGAGCAUCGCGAGAAGGAGUUUGGUGACAAAGUAAGCCUUGAUGCUGUCCUUGAUGCUGUUAAGAAGAUACAGUCUUCUGAUCGUUAAAAAUAAUAAUAAUAAAGAUAUAUGCUGCCUUCUUAAAUGCACAAUUUACAAUGUGUGUGGGGGGUAACAAAGGAUCAAAUUUCUUCCUAAAUACCGGCAGCUGAAGUCCCAGCAGAACGGCUGUGUUUUGUACCAUCAGCUCUAGACAUCCAGGGAUCCCUUCUUCUGCUGUUGUACUGGAUUAAUGAAAGGCUGGAUUUAAAUCCUUCAGAUCUGGUCUAGACCGUUUCCAGUUCCAGCAAAACUGUUGGGUAUAUCUGAGUGUCUGUAUGAAGAAGGUUAGAACUAAUAAAAACUGAAAUGAUUAUUAAA